AUGACUUCAUACUUCUCUGCUCAACCCGCCCAGUCAACAGCCUCGACCCAGAGGAGGAACUCUCUCCCACGCCUCAGCAUGGACGACUCGGACAGACCUACCACCACCAUCCUUCCCACACCAUCACACCACGUCCUCCCCUCCCUCUCCUACGCAGCAGCCACCUCGGUCCCCCACGAGAACCCCUUCAACCAGAACCUCUUCCUCCAACAACAGGUCUUCGCUGACAAGUCCAACCGCCUCUUGAACUUGAUCCAAAGCACAAAGGGCCUCCUCGAAGAGAUCCGCGAGACAAACGCUACCCGCCCAUGGCAAACCUACUACCCAAACCUCCAGAUCCCCUCCGUCGCUGCCGCCGCCGCCACCGCAAACAGCUCUUCCACAGCCACAGCCUCCGCAGCCUCGUCCAACCCCCUCCGUCGCUCCACAUCCUUCCAUCCCGAGGACGACAGCGAACGUGCCUCGCCUGUCUCUCUCCAGCAGCGUCUCCAACGUUCCUUCACCUCUGCACCUGGAUCCCCCCUUCAGCACAACAACAACGCCGCCGAUUCUCACACCCCCUUGGUCGGUCGCCUGUUCCCCGAGCUCAAUGUUCUGAAGCUGGACUUGAAGGUCGGCAACUAUGCCACUGGCAAUGAUGCCCUCCUCCGUGGAUUGGAGCGCAACGCCAUCGCCCACCUCCUCGAUGGACGCAUUCAGCAGAGCGUCAAGCACCUCGACAACCUCUACCAGCGUGUCUCUGACAAGAGCUCCAAGGUCUUGAUCACUGGAGAUUUGAACGCCGGCAAGUCUACCCUUGUCAACGCAUUGAUGCAGCGUACCAUUUUGCCCAUUGACCAGCAACCCUGCACGUCGCUCUUCUGCGAGGUCUUGGACGCUCAGGAAAAUGAGGGCCAGGAGGCGGUCCACGCUAUUAAGGAUGCCUCGACCUACAACCGCCAGGACCCCAACACGUUCACCGUUGUGGACAUGCGCCAUUUGGAGAAGUUCAUGAACGAUGUCAUUGAUGGUUACGAGGACUAUGCCCAGGUCAAGGUCUACUGCACCGAUCGCCGCCUCGUCAACGACUCUUUGCUGCACAACGGAGUCGUCGAUAUUGCACUGAUUGAUUCGCCCGGUUUGAACCGCGACUCUGUCAAGACGACUGCCCUCUUUGCUCGCCAGCAGGAGAUUGAUGUUGUCGUCUUUGUCGUCUCUGCCGAGAACCACUUUACUCUUUCUGGCAAGGAGUUCCUCUGGAAUGCCGCCAACGAAAAAACUCACAUCUUCAUCGUUGUCAACCGCUUCGACUCGAUCCGUGACAAGGAGCGCUGUAAGCGCGUCAUUCUCGACCAGAUCAAGCAGCUCUCCGCCAAGACUUACGAGGAUGCCGACGAGCUCGUCCACUUUGUCUCUGCUGGCUCGUGCUUGCCCGAGGUCAUCCAGGGUGGUGAUCUCCCCGCUGACUUCCUCCGCCUCGAGGAGUGCCUUCGUUCGUUCGUUCUCGAGAAGCGCUGCAAGUCCAAGUUGGCCCCUGCCAAGGUCUACCUUGAGAACAUCUUGAGCGACGUCAGCGUCCUCUCCGAGUCCAACCGCCACAUGGCUGCCGAGGAAUUGGCCAAGGUCCGCUUGGAGUUGGAGCGUGGCGAGCCCGAGUACAAGGAUACGCUGAUCCGUCGCGAAGUUGUUUUGGAGAGAGUCGAUCGUCUUGCUGAGGAGACCUGCGUGUUGAUUGAUACAAUGACCCGCGAGAAGUUGACCAACGCUGUGGACGAUAUCGAGAAUGUUGUCUCUGCCCUGGUUCCCUGGAACGGAUUGUUGCACAUCUGGCAGUACGCCAACGAUCUCCGCUAUGUCAUGGCCGAUCUCUUUGUCGACCGCGUCAAGAGCUGCGAGGUCGAGGCCAAGGAGAAGGCAAAGAACUGCGUCAACGAUAUUCACACCCUUGCCGACGAUGCCUCGGCCGCCAACCAGAUGGAUGCCCUCACCCUCUUCACCAAGCCCGACGCCAACCGCAUCACCACCGGAAAGCUCAAGGAUGAGCUCUCUCUCGAGUUCACUGACAUCUUUGAGGUUCAGGACAAGCUGGGCAUGGCCAGUGUUUCGCUCGGAGCUGUCACGAUGUUUUCGAGCAAGGCCCUUGGCUACAAGUCGUUGAUCCACAGCCUGUUUGACAUUACCAGCACGGUCGGUGUCUCGAAUGUCCGCAAGUGGGCCGUGCCCGUUGUGACGGUGGCUGGUUUGGGAGUGUUGGUUUACAUUGCUGCCGACAUGAAGCACGCCCUUGCCCGCAAGACUGCUCGCAAGCUCCGCGCCCACGUUCGCGAGGGCACUAUGGUCCACGAUGAGGCUAUGCGCAUCACUAAGGAUUGCCGUCGCGUUUUCAAGAGCAACGCCUGGGAGAUCCAGAACCGAUUCCAGAAGGAGAUUGAGGCUCACGAGAGACGCCGCGCCGAGCAGGAGAAGGCUGCCAAGGAUGGCGAACAGGCCGUGGUCUACUUUGGCAAGGUCUUUGAGAAGGCUGACGAGUUGGCUCGCUGGGUUGCCGCUGUUGAGGUCGAGGUGGAGGAACGCAAGAUCAAGGCGUAA